AUGGAUGAUUCCGGGGAAACAAGAAUUGGGCAUAAGCCUGAUUUUCGUAUAAAGUCACCAUUAAUAGUUGAUGAGGUGGAAAUAUGUCUUAUGGAAGCUUCACGAGUUCUUCCUACUGAUAAAAAAAUUCGUGAAGACUGGGAUAAGUUGAUAAAACUUAUGAAGGAUGCCCAUGUGAGAUUGUUGAGGAAGCUUACUAGAGGAAGAGCAGAGGAAAUGAAAGACUUAGAAGAAGAGCUAAAUAAGGUUCCAGUGUUUGGUAUUCAAGUUGCUGGUGGAACUUUGGCAUGUUGGGUUAUGACUAUGCCAUUUGGUGUUUUCUACUUUGUUCAACGUCUUGCCUCAGUACAAAUUCCGAUGAAUCGGGGACAGUCUUCACUUACCGAAUUUAUGAAUGAAUUGUGGAAGUUGAGAGCAACUCUACGGAACCAUAUCUGUGCCCUUAAUGAAAUUAUAGAAAAAGUCGAUUCAUCUUUAUAUAAUAUAGCUAUUUGUUCUCCACAGGCUCGAGAAGAUGUGCCUCUUUAUGAUGGAGAGUUAAUAACUCCACGAUCACCAUAA